UUACCUACUUAAAAGACUCCCCUACAAUUUACGAACAUACAAAGGAAGAAAGAAAGAGAGUGUGUGUGUGAGAGAGAGAGAGCCAGAGAAAGAACUAGUUGCGUUCAAGCCCUUAUCUAUCUCCACAAAGUUUCUGUGCUUUGAACCAAGUGAAGUAAACAAAUGGGGGAGGAGGAAAAGAAACCAGCGGCAGCAGCAGUAGAGGAGAAGAAAAUGGAGGAGAAAAAACCAGAGGAGCCAAAGAAAGCAGAGGAGGAGAAGACGGAAAAGCCAGUGAAACCCGCAGAGGAGAAGAAAGAAGAGAAAAAAACAGAGGAAUCCAAAGACGAAAAGUCUCCUCCACCCCCUCAAGAAAUCGUGCUGAAAGUUUACAUGCAUUGCGAAGGUUGCGCUCGCAAGGUCCGCCGGAGCCUCAAAGGAUUUGAAGGUGUUGAAGAUGUAACGACUGAUUGCAAGACCCACAAGGUUGUUGUGAAGGGAGAGAAGGCGGAUCCAUUGAAGGUGUUGGAGAGAGUGCAGAGGAAGAGCCACAGGCAGGUUGAGCUUCUCUCACCCAUCCCAAAGCCUCCCACAGAGGAAGACAAGAAGGCCAAAGAAGAGGAAAAACCCAAGCCCGAAGAGAAGAAAGAAGAGCCCCAAGUGAUUACAGUGGUGCUAAAGGUGUAUAUGCAUUGCGAAGCCUGUGCAUUGGAAAUCAAGAAACGAAUACAGAGAAUGAAAGGAGUGGAAUCGGCGGAACCGGAUCUAAAGAGCUCACAAGUGACGGUGAAGGGAGUGUUCGAGCCACAAAAGCUGGUUGAGUACGUGCACAAAAGAACCGGCAAGCACGCUUCGAUAGUGAAGACAGAGCCAGCUGCAGCAGAAAAUAAAGAGGGAGAGAAAGGCAAGGAAUCCAAAGACGAGAAAAAGGCGGACGAGGGUCAAAAGGAAAAGAAAGCAGAGGGCGGCGGCGGCGAGGAGAGCAAAGACAAGAAAGAAGGCGGUGAAGGAGAUGGCAAAGCUGAGGCUGCUGCGGCGGAGGAUACGGCGACGGAAGAGACUAAAGUGGUUGAGGUGAAAGCGAAUCCGUACUACUAUUAUCCACCAAGGUAUGCUAUGGAAUUAUACGCCUACCCUCCUCCUCAGAUGUUCAGUGACGAGAACCCCAAUGCUUGUUCUGUCAUGUAAAAAUACAUGGGAUUAGUAAAACGGGGGUGGUGAAUCAUGUUUGUAAUGAUCUACAGAUAAAACUGUAGAGUUUUGGAGAUUUGUACUUUCUUUCCCUCUCUCUGUUACCGUUAAUUAUAUAUAUAUAUAUAUAAAAUAAUA